UAAAUAUCAAGAUAUUCACCACUACCACCGCUUCUUCUUUUCUUGACAUCUGUAUGUGUCGUUAAGCUGAUUCAUCUUCAAAUUUCCUCCACUCACACUUGCACCAAAACAUUCAUCUUGAUACCGACCCAAAGAAAUGGCGAGCGAGAAAAGAGUCCUGUUAUUGUGCGGAGAUUAUGUCGAAGAUUACGAGGUUAUGGUCCCGUUUCAAGCACUGCUGGCAUAUGGACUAUCCGUCGACUCCGUUUGCCCCGGAAAAAAAGCCGGUGAAAUAUGUCGCACUGCGAUCCAUGACUUCACUGGCCAUCAGACAUAUUCCGAGUUGAGGGGUCACAAUUUCGUUCUGAAUGCAACUUUCGACGAAAUCGACCCCACCAAAUACGAUGGGCUUGUAAUACCCGGUGGACGUGCUCCAGAAUAUCUAGCCAUGAAUGAAUCAGUUUUAGAGUUGGUUAGGACUUUCGAAAGUCUGCAGAAGCCAAUUGCUUCCAUCUGCCACGGGCAGCUGAUAUUGGCUGCAGCAGAUUUGGUCAGAGGCAAGAAGUGCACGGCUUACCCUGCUGUGGGGCCCACUCUCAUUGCUGCAGGCUCCCAUUGGGUAGAGCCUGAGACUGUGGCCUUCUGCACUACUGAUGGGAAUCUGAUCACUGGGGCUACUUACAUGGGGCAUCCCGAGUUCAUUCGGCUUUUCAUAAAGGCGUUGGGUGCAAAGAUGUCCGGUUCAGGCAAGCGGAUUCUGUUCCUUUGUGGAGAUUACAUGGAAGAUUACGAGGUGAUGGUUCCGUUUCAGUCCCUUCAAGCCCUCGACUGCCACGUGGACGCCAUUUGCCCUGGGAAAAAAGCUGGAGAGACUUGCCCUACUGCUGUUCAUGACUUUGAAGGUGACCAGACGUACAGUGAGAAGCCGGGCCACAACUUCAGUUUAACGGCCGAUUUUGAAGGCCUGGAUGCUUCACGCUAUGAUGGGCUCGUUAUUCCUGGGGGUCGGGCCCCUGAGUAUUUGACAUUGAAUGGAAAGGUUAUUGAGCUGGUGAAGGAGUUUAUGGGAUCGGGAAAACCGGUAGCAUCCAUCUGCCAUGGGCAGCAGAUUUUAUCUGCUGCUGGUGUUUUGAAGGGCAAGAAAUGCACUGCAUAUCCGGCAGUGAAACUUAACGUUGUCCUUGCGGGGGCCACUUGGUUAGAACCGGACCCAAUCCACCGUUGCUUUACGGAUGGGAAUUUAGUAACUGGUGCAGCUUGGCCAGGUCAUCCUGAAUUCAUAGCUCAGUUUAUGGCACUUCUUGGCUUAACUGUUUCGUUUUGAUUACUGUCUCCUUACCUGUUCUGUGUGUUGUGUGUUGCUGGCAAGACUUAUAAAUGGGUUCGUAUUCAGUAUGAGAUAUGGCACUUUGUAAUGGCUAUCAGAUGAAUGUCUGUCGUCUCUGGUUCGAUACCUAUGUUAUGUGAAGUAGAAAGCUAAAAAUGCAUCCAAUAUUAAUGAAGUGUCAGACUUCGUUUUCAAUGGCAGUGAUCUUUUAUUGCAACCUAUAGCUUUAACGAAAAUAUAUGUAAAUAUAAUUUGAAUCAAUCACACAUUCACA